UGUUAUGGCGCAUUUUGAGGGACACUACAAACUGAAAUCGAGUGAGAACUUCGACGAUUUUCUCUCUACUCUGGGCGUGAAUCCCUUGCUACGUCAUAUCGGCAGCUACACGAAACCAACUCUGGCAAUCUCCGUAACCAAUGGCAACCACUUCAAGAUCAAGCAAUCGGCAACUGCCUUCAAAAAGUACGAUCUUGAGUUUGAUAUUGGGAAGGUGUUUGACAACAAGACGAUAGAUGGCAGAAUGGUUAAGAGUUGUGUAAUGCUAGAUGAUGACCGGUUAAUUCAGACAGAUUUACCCGUGAACACGGACGAGAAAAUCUGCACUUUUAUUCGUGAAAUAGAUGAAGACAACAACUUGGUCAUGACGUGUAAAGUCAACAAUGUUGUGAGUGUGCGGGUUUACCAGCGAACGAUUUAG